GUCACGACUCGCGGCCGCCAGGGGCCCUACCCUGCAUCCGAAGACUGCCAGAAGGAUGGAAAUAGCGAUUAUGGCGACGAGGAACAAAGACAGGAGGCGCUUCGGGAUCGACAGGCGACUCACGGGCGCGCGGGGCCCCGCAGCAGCCCUAUCCCCACUGCCGCGGCCGCGGCCGGGCCGCCACUGCCGCCCGUUCCUCUGCGCUUUACCUGCCCAGGCGCCAGUGGCCCUCCGGCUAGCUCACCAGACGAUAUCACUGCCCUAGCUUGGCUAGCCUUUGUCCGGCCGCCGUCACAGUCGCCCAGCUGCACCCCCAAGGAAGGCCGUGGCAUCAGCAGCGGCACCGGAGGCGGCGGAGGCGGCGGUACGGCGGGGGCUCCAGGGUGGUUGGGUCGCAGUGCGAGUGGCCGUCGGCGAACGACCAGCUCCGGUGCCGGCGGUAGCGUUUUCGCAAGCAUUCAGGUCAUGUUGGAGGACCACGAGCUGCAGCGGCAGCAGCAGGCAGCAGGUACUGCUGCCGUACCGCAGCACCCACACCCAGGCUACAGCCUUGUCGUACUGCUGUCUGGGACGCGAGGUGGAGCGCUACAGCUUCACCACGCGGACAGCGGUGCAGUGCUACUGCGACAACAGGUUCAUCCCGGACCUGUGGUUAGCAUCGCCGUAAGGACCUGGCGAAUGGGUCUCAACCCCAACGAAGCUGCGGAGGAUGUGACAGUGGGCUGGGUGGAUGCGGUAGUACGACUGGCGUCCUGGGAGCUGCGUGCGGCCGCCACCACCUGCUACAUGGCGCACACGGCAGCGGCCGCGAGGGCGCGGCGCGGUGAUAGCGCAGGAAGCGGAGCUCGAGGAGGUGGCAGCGGACAGCCAAUGUUCGGUCUGUGGGGCGCCUCCUCCUCCUCUGCCGGACCCGCCGGUCCCGAAAUUAAACCUUUGGCGGUGCAAAAGUGGGAGAUGUCGCCGGGAGCUGCUCGCGGUCGCUACAGCUCCGUUGUGUGUUGUGGGCAGCGGCCCCGGGACUUGUACUCACUUCUCCAGGGCAUUGGUUCGUCCUCGCCCACUGCCACCGGCAAGACCAUCUUUCUGGCGGGGGGCAGGCGAUCUUCUUGCCUGGCGGCGCUUGAAGUGGACGAGCAAUCGUCCGGUGGCAGCGGCGGUGCAUUGUCGUACAUUAGUUCCGUAGCCACCAGCGUAUGGGGGCUCGCCCGUACGGCGCGCAACGUGGCGACAGCGCCACUUUCGUUGCGUGAUGGACUAAAAUCGCUGGUCAUGAACCCGCUGCAGCUUGCGGGUGGCAGCGGUGCCGGUGCUGCUUCUGCCGCCGCCGCCGCCGCCGCCGCCACGCCGUUGGCGUCUUUUCCGGACGCCAAUGCCGGUCAGCGACUGCCCGCCACCGGCGUGUGGCGGCAGUACCAUGACGAGGGGCGUGCGGUGUUGUCGCUAUCUCCAGCGCCCUACGGCUCACUGGUGGCGGCUGUGGACAGUUUGGGCAGGUUGCUGCUGGUGGAGGUCGGCGCGAUGCUGGUCAGCAGGAUGUGGAAGGGCUACCGCGACGCGCAGGUGGCAUGGCUGGAGGUGCAAGCGCAAGCGGUAGCGAGGCUUCUGGAGCGGCAGCGGACGGCACAACGGAGCGACGUCUACGAGCCUCCGCUGCCGCCAUCGCCGCAGCUGCAACAGCAGCAGAGCCGUUGCCAACCGCCGCCGUCACCACCGCAGCAGCGAGGGCAGCAGGAUGCGGUGGGGGCUCCGGGGCUGGGGCCCAGUCCGGAUCAAGGCAACGGCGGCGAUGGUGGCACCAGUACUGGUGUCUCGUUUCAGUGCGACCGUAGCCGCCGUGGCACUGGGGGGCAUGGUAAUACGGCCAGCAGCGGCGGUGGCGCACAUGGGAAUGGACACGAACGGAACCGCAACCAUGAAGAUGGCGAGGGUCGGCAUCAUAAGAGAGGUCUGGUCUCGGGCAGGGCGACUCGCGAUCGGGGGCAAACGCGACUGAACCAUGGUUCAGAUGUGGUGGCCAAUAAUGCCACCGGAUCUGUUGCCGCAGCAGCCGCAUCCGCAGCGUCCGAAGAUAUGCAGCAGCCGCUGUCAUCGCCGCCGCAGCCGCCGCCUGCAGGGGAAGAUGUGCGCGGAUGCCAGGGUUCAGAGCAUGUUCAAGGGUCUGGGGUUGAUGAAGGAUGCAGUGGCGGAGCUGGAGGCGCGGAGUAUGUAUUGCUGCUGGCAGUGUACGCGCCCCGGCGGCAAACACUGGAACUGUGGUUUCCGCUGCAUGGUGAACGGCUGGCAGCAGUAGCGGCGCCGCCGAAGGCAAGGCUGAUGCAGCGCGGUGGCGGUGGCGUCGGCUGUGGAGGGGAGCUGGGUACUUGGCGCGUCGCUGAUGCCGCCAGCGCAGCAUGGCCGCCGAUGACCCCGACGGGCUGCAUGAUAUGCUUUGCUGGCAGGGCGCCAAGGUUGAGGUUAGGGGCGGAGCUGGAGCCAUCCAGCACGGAAAGCGGCUUCGAGGGUCUGGAGUUAUUGGACGUGGGCACUUUGUUUGGCCUGACGUAA